UCUCGCCGGCGGUGAGGUGAGGGCCGCCAUGUUGGGGGCUUCGCUGCUACUUGGUGGUGCUGCGGGGCGUUCUUUUCUCACUAACGAGGCUCUGAGGAUGUGCCAGUAGCUGCAGGUGUUCGAGUUGUGGAGGUGUCCCUGGUACAUCGAGAAAGAAGCACCUGGAGUGGUGGUUAUAUCGAAUUCUCUGGCUAGACAGGAGAUGAGAGAAUUGUGAGCUCAUCAGUUGUCAAAAUGGCAGCCAGGAGGGAGAUGCAGCAGUUUGAAAAGAUAAUUGAUGAAGUUACAAGGAAAAAAAAAUUUGAAUUGUUAGAACAGUACCUGGAAAGAGAAGACUGUGAAAAUAUCUCUUACAAAUGCAGCAAACAGUUUGUCAACAAGUUAGACAAGCUUCUGUGUCAGGAAUUUGACAAACAAGAAAUCAAAAACGUUUCAACUUUACUAAAUUCCCUUUGGAAAUGUGGGGAAAAAAUCAGCAUAGCAGGUGACAAUGGACUCCCAGCAAUGAUAAAAUGUGGCCUUAUUGGAAAGAUGGUUAAUUGGUAUGAAAAGUUAAAAGGAAUUUUGAUUCUCAGAGGAAAUGAAAAGAACAAAGUUGUUACAAGUCUGGCUGAAGAUUUCUUCAACGUACUACUGAUUGUAUAUGACAGCAGACCUGAAGGUAAAAUGGAAAUGCUAGAAAACUUUGUUUUGAGAACAUGUACCAUCAUAACUGAUGUAAGAAUUAAUAUUUAUGUCCAACAAGAGGUAGUAAGAAAACUUAAUUUAAUGCUUGACAGCAUGCCUCGAGAUGCCAGGAAAAAGAUAUUUUCUACAAAGGAAAUUUUGCUUGUCAUGAGUGACAUGGGUAGGAGAAUUUUGGAUGCUGGAGACUAUGACCUGCAAGUAGCCAUCACAGAAGCUUUAUGCAGAAUGAUACCAGAGAAACAAAGAAGAGAACUGGCAUGCCAAUGGUUUUCCAUGGAGUUCGUGUCCAAUGCAUUUAAAGGAAUUAAAGAUUCUGAGUUUGAAACAGAUUGCAGAAAAUUUCUUAACCAGGUGAAUGGCAUGCUUGGAGAUAAAAGAAGGGUUUUUACAUAUCCGUGUUUAUCAGCAGCUCUUGAUAAAUAUGAGCUACAGCUCCCGUUGGAUGAAAAUCUUGAAGAAUUUUGGAUUGAUUUCAAUGUUGGUAGUAGAAGUAUAUCUUUCUACGUGGCAGCAGAUAAUGCAGAUCAGCAAUGGGAAACAGUCAUUAUACCAGAGGAAGAGGUAGACCUAUACAACCUUGAAGAGAAAGAUUCAAAGAAAUUAUUAACAAUAGAUCUAAAAAGCCCAAUGAAUGUGGGUAAUCAAGAAGGAGAGAAAUUUUUUUUAUAUUUUGAUUCUAUCUUGGAAAUCGAAGAUGUAGCCAGAAAGAUUUAUGGGAUAAAUAAAUGUAAGGUUCUGGUGCCAGAAAGUCAGUUGUCACCAUGUUUGGAAGAAAAAUAUGAAGAUGACAAAUUCAGUAAGAACAAAACACAGCAACUUCCUGGAAGUCAGAGGUCUUUGGAUAAAAAGAACCAAGAUAAAUGCAAAGAUGGUUCCUACAAGAUAACCACAUCUUGUAAAAGGAAAGUGUCUGAAGCAUCAGUGCUUAUUCCUGCAACUGCAAGAUUUUCCACACGGAGUCCACUGGUAUUUCUUAGUACGUCCACUCCUUCCAAAGGACGAUGUAAGUUACCAUUGAAAAUGAUGAGCUCUGCUGAAAGGUCUAACAGUAAUGCAGUAAAUGGAACCAGAACUAAUAAUUUAUAUCAGGAGCUUACUGAAAAUGGGCAAAGGUGUACAUCAGAUAAUGAAUUUUGUGAAACAGAGCAGAAAACCAGGAAAUCGAAAAUCAGAGAAGAGGCAGAACUACCAGAAAAGGGAGUGUGUCCUGAAGAAAUUUUAAAAUUUUUACCAGAAGCAGAAAAUGGAACCACUGAAAAGCAAACUUUAGACGAUGCGUUAGAUAUCGUUCCUGAUUCCCAGCAAGCAGGGAGAAGCAACAAACAUCUACUGCCUGGUCAUUUGAAAAGUUCUUCUGAUAAAAAAGGAACGAGGAAAAAAAGAAUGUGUUCUGUCCCUGAGAAGAAUAUAGCAACUGGUGACAGACAAAAGCUAAAUCUGUCAUCAGAACAAGCAUCUCAUACAGCUCCUAUUCUUAGUGAAAGAGCUAUGAAACAUAAAGCUUUUUGUUCGGUUUUUGGAAGUGCUUCUCCAGAUAAACAAAUAAAUAAAAGAAAACAACAAAGAAAUGGAAUCACAAGGGAAGAAAACUGCAAAGUACUGAAUGUGCCAGAAACAUCUUUGCAUUCUGAUUUUACAAAACGCAACAAUACUAAACAGGAAGCUGAUGUUCUCUCAAGAAAGGAGACUGCAGAUCAUGAAAAGUCAAAAAUGAAAAUAAAAUCUAAAGAAAUCUCAGAUGCAACAAAAUCACUAAUUAGUAAAAUCAGUGACAGAUAUAAAGAUGAAAAGAGCAAAACAAGAGACUCUUCGGUUUUCAACAGAUCAUGUCCAAAUAAAUCCUGUUUCAGUGGCAAUAAGGAAAAUAUUCAGAAUAGAAAUUUGAAAGCUACUACUUGUCUUGAUACGGCUGCUGAUCAAAGUGUGUAUGAUGUCUACAACUUCAACGUCAGUGUGUUUAAUGAGCCUACAAUAAAAGUUGGAAUCCAAGACUGCUGUGUUUCGGAAGCAAACACUCAUACAGAUCCAAACAAAAAAGAGAACCCAGGUGAAAGUAAAACUAGCUCUGAAAUGAAAGCAGGAAAAAAAACUAGAUACAAUCAAAGCAAAAAGCAUCUUUUCAGUGACACAGACACAGAAUACAGAGGAGAUGACAGCAAGACAGACAUCAGCUGGCUACAAAAAUCCAAAGCACCAUCUAAGCCACAGAUAAUUGAUUACAGUAGAAAUAAAAACUUAGAGAAAUCAAAAAGAAAGGGCAAAAAUAAGUUCUCUGAAUCCCCUUGCUGGAUGGAUACGCCCAAAGGCAAAACAGCAAAAAAGAAAAAGCUAACUGAAAGUAAAAAACAAAGUUCAGUAAUUGAUGAAAUGAUGGAACAAACCACCAGACCAAAACGACCUCAAAGAGCAGUGCAACCAAAAAAUUACAAAGAUCCUUCCAGUUCAGAGUCAGGAAGUGAAUUUUCAGCAUAUACCUAUAAGAGGGAGAAAUCAAAAGUACAGAAAUGUGUGAAUGAGAAAAACAAAGAUGGUAAUCAUCAGAAGGAUCUCCAGAAUUUGGAGGAGCCAAAGACAGUAGCAAACUGUGUAAAGAAAGCAUUUAUUAAAUCAAAGAACUCUACAGAACAAAAGGAAAUUGAAAUGUCUUCACCUGAGAGUCCUGCAUCUCUAGAGACAAUGAGAUGUGCUGAGAGAAUAUCAGAGGGAUGUGUUACUCAAGACCAUACUUCUAGUGAAGGGUCACCUAGUCUUCAGAAGUCAACACCAGAAAAAAAGGAAACAGUAAACUUUGAGAAAGGAAUCUCUCCCAGUAAUCUCUGUCUACAAAAGAAGAAUACUCAAAAUAUGCAUCUAAACCAGUCUCCUGAAGUGACUGUUAAAAAGUUAAUAAUUGGAAAGAAAAGUUUCUCACCAGUUCUAACUACUUCAUAUUUGCUCAACUUAACUUCAGUAACUCCACGUAAAACAUACCGUGGAAAAAACACAGAGGGAUCUGUAUCUGAAACAUGUGAUGCUGAUGAAAAUUUAAGUUUUAGACAUGGUUUUUCAGACAAAAUUUCUAUUGAAGGAAAACAAGACAGUACUAAACCUGUCAUAAAAAAGAAAGGAGAGGAAUUAUCUUCAGUAUCUGUGUCCAGUGGAAGUGGAGUACAGUCUUGGAGUCAAGAACCUUAUGGCCCUGCACAUGAAUCAGGGCCAACUUCACAUGUAUUUCUCAAACGAAAAUAUCAGCGUGAUACAGAAAGCCAUUCUGAUGAAGUAGAAACAAGCAAAGAGGAGGAAAAGAAAAGGAGCAGAAGAAUAAAAUUACAGCCUAGAAAGUUAUUUAAAACAGAUGAAGCUGUUACUUACAGAGCAUACGAAAAUUUGUCCACUGUAUCUGUAAGUGAUCCAGCUGCUUUGGAUGUGGACAUCUGGGAACCUGGUUGUUCAACUAUCGAUAUAUGUCAGAAGCUCCGAAAAGAAUACACUAAGAAAAUUGAGAGCCGUUCACGGAAAAUGGAGCAUUUUGCAAAGCAAUCAUUAAGCACUGCCAACCAGCAUUUGACAAUGAUGAAUCAACAGCUACUUGAAUGCAGGCUCAAGCAGCUGGACAGAUUUCAUAUUGUUAUUCUUCAGGAAAUUGAGAAUUUUGAGAAAGAUUCUCAGUCCCUGAAUAACAUGGAGAAAGAAUUACUGACUUUUUGGAAAAAACAUAAGCAUACCUUAAGUACGUUCAUGAAAAAUGAGCAACAGAGGCUGGAGAUCCUUAAAACAUCCUUUGAAAAGAACAUCCACCAUAGUGUUGACUAUGAAGAAAAUAUUUUUGCUUCAGAGGUGCAUCUGAUGAAAGAAGACAUGAAAGGACUCCAAGAGAAAUUUCUUAAAGAAAUGCAAGAAGAGGAACUGAUUAAUGUUCGCAGAGGAUUGCAGACAUUAUUUCUAGCAGAAGAUGGAAAAUUCUGAAGUAGUAUUUCCAUGUACUUUCCUGAAAUUCAAGCUCAAUAUAAACACUCAUUUUUAAUACAAAAUUUGACUUUUUUUUUUUACUUAAGAAAACUACUGUAAUGAAAGCAUAUUUUCCUUAAUGAAAUUGAAGUCUUUUUGCUAUGACUUCUCCAUAAGACUUAUCCCCUUAUUAGAAAAAUUUGGGAUUUUACUGAAUCUACUAAAAUACAAUACAUUUUUUUUUUUUUAUUUUUAGCUAAUGCUGUUUUUGAAGAAGCCUUUAUUAACAUUUUUCAUAGGUUAUUUAACUGAACUUUUAGAGAAAUCACUUCAAAUCUCACUUCAAAUCUAUCUCUUGGGUCGUUGUGUACAGAAUACCACUUUUCAUCUUUUUUCUGAUCCAGAAUACAAUAAGAAAUUAUUUAAAGAUCCAGUCUCAUGUGCCAAUUUAAUGCUAUUCUUCUGUGGCAUUAUACUUCAGUAAGAGUUUCUAACAGAAAAUGACUGUAAAAUUUUAUGGUUGAACUAUAUUGCAAAUAU